AACUACUUCGCCUGCAAUUCAAACUUUCAAGCCGACUUACCUGGAGCACGAAUAUGGUAUCGUUUGGGAACAACGUCACAAUGGACCUCAACAUCUUCAAAAACCUCGCAGGAUGAUCAUUUAGGCUUGGAACAUGGCAUUGACCUCUCUUGGACUGUCGGCGUCAAAUCUAUUCCGGAUGAUAUUAUACAGGGUGGAAAGGAGAAGGAAAAGGGGAAGCCGCUCUUUCUUCAUUUGAAAUAUAUAACUAGGAUAGUAAGGACCUGA